UCCAGCCUCCCAAGUUGAGUUAAAGAUGUCGCCCAAAUUCGCACUUGCAAUCCUGCUCUUCAGCUGCGUUCUGCUGGGCAUCGCCAGUGCCCAGCAAAGGGUGUACCCGCGCCAGCAAACAUAUAAUCGCCCAAAGGUGGCCUCCCGAAACCUGGAUGGCGGCGGCCCUUUGCCGCCAAACUUUCCCCCACCAUCUGGCGGUCCUCUCGACGGCGGUGCUGUGAACCCGGACUGCAUGCCCAACCAACUGGCCAGCGGCAAUGUUGACAACAAGAAACCCAGGCAGAGGCAUUAAGUUAUGGGAAGAGCACAAAUCUCAGAAUAUGAACAAAAGCUUUAUCUAUUCUGAAGAGACCCAAGCAAAUUGAUUUGGAAUUCGUUAAAUAAAACAGUUUCGGUGGCAAUAAACAUUUUAGAAACUUA